UUUAUCCAAUAUCAAAGCUUCCCAAAGCUUCCCUCCCCUUCCCCUCCUCCAAAGUCCCAGUCGCAAACUACAAAAUUAUAAUUUGCACCUACGUUAAGAUCCCUUCACUCAUAUUCAAUUGGUUCUAUUUAGCACAUUUAGUUCAAAAUGAUGUCUCUCAGAGCUGUUGUGCGCUCAGCGCCUCGUACAGUUACUCGUCUUAGUUCUACAACCCUCAGAUCAUCAAGACUAGCUCAGCCGAGCUCCCUACUGAAGUCUUCAUGGGCGCCUCUCAGAUCAUCUCAGUUCACAUCAUCAUUCUCCACAUCGCAGUUCAGACAAGCACCCGCGGCAGAGGUGGAUGAGGAACUCUCAGCCAAGCUCGAUAGCGAACUCCAGUUCGAAAAUGAGCUGAAGGAGGAUGAGCAGCUUCCAGCAAGCGUUAAGGACUUCCUCGAGAACAGCCCAUUCGAGCUGAAGGAUCAGCCUGGAAAGGAGGACGUCUCCCUAGUCCGCAAAUUUGGAAACGAAACCAUCACCGUCACCUUCUCUAUCUCAGAUCUCGCCAACUAUGAGCCCGACGACAUGUUCAACGAAGAGUCGGUCCUCGACGAUGAAGAUGCUGCUGAGCUGUCCGAAGGCAAGCGCGCAUCGCCGGCGGAGGCCGCCGAGGAAGCCCUUGAAGACGAUAUCGAGGGUGGCGAUGCGCCGGUACCUUGCCGACUGAACAUCGUAGUGGAGAAGCCGGGCAAAGGUGCACUUAACAUCGAGGCGAUGGCGCAGGACGGCCAGAUCAUCGUCGAGAAUUUCUAUUACUUCAAGGACGCCAAGCUGGCGCACGGCAAAACUGCUGAGAUCGCCCACGCUGCCACGGACAUCUACCCCGGCCCGCCCUUCGGCAGCCUCGACGAGGACCUACAGAUCCUCAUGGAGCGCUACCUCGAGGAGCGCGGCGUCACCCAGGCCCUCGCCGUUUUUGUUCCCGACUACAUGGACAUCAAGGAGCAGCGCGAGUACCAGACCUGGCUGAAGGACGUCAAGGAGUUCGUCGACGCUUAGACGGUUAGUUAGGAUGGGUUAGGUACUUAAUUACAAAAGAGGGGCGAAUAGAUGAAGGAAUAAAAAUUAAAGAGGAAAAAAGGAACGACGCCUCUGAUGUAUUAUGAAAAACCAACUCCACAUGUAUAAUAAGAAAUGACGGCUUUUAGGGAAUCUCCAUAGGGGAGGAUCAGGUUUUAGGACCUCAAUGACUACAAAAGAUUUGCUGCA